UUCGAGUGCUGGAGACGGGGUGCGCCGUCACCGCGCUUUCUGCAUCGGGUUACGCCAUUCAUCCAGGGUCAUUCGGUUCACCGGGGUAACGAAGAUGAUGAUGGCCACAUCACGGGCGCGCGUGCCUCCGUUUUCCUCAUGACCGACCGACCGGCGGCGGCAGCAGCAGCAUUAUCUGCGUGCGGGUUUGGGUUUGUCUCACACCGGGCUGGCGCGGAACCGAUCCCACCGUCUGGCGGAGCGUCUGCCAGGCUGAGUCACCACUGGAGUGUCUGAAGGGUCGCGAGAAAGUGAAGGAGGAGACGUUACAUCACUGCGGGCUGAGAGAGAGAGAGAGCGGCACACGAGCACUGACCUCUGACCUCUGACCCCGGAGCCAACAUGAACGACCUGAACGUCGUGAAAGAGGGAUGGGUGCAGAAAAGAGGUGAAUACAUUAAGAACUGGAGGCCGCGGUACUUCCUGUUAAAGACGGACGGCUCGUUCAUUGGCUAUAAAGAGAAGCCGCAGGAUGCAGAUCUGGCAUAUCCGCUCAACAACUUCUCUGUCGCCAAGUGUCAGCUGAUGAAGACAGAGAGACCGAAACCAAACACCUUCAUCAUCAGGUGUCUGCAGUGGACCACUGUGAUCGAGCGCACCUUCCAUGUCGACACGCCAGAUGAGAGGGACGAGUGGGUCGAGGCCAUUCAGAUGGUGGCAGACAAGCUGGCCAAACAGGAGGAAGAAGGAAUCCUGUGUAGCCCAAUUUCUCAGAUUGAAAACGUCAACGAAGAGGAGAUGGACACGUCAACCAGUCAUCACAAACGAAAGACAAUGAAUGACUUUGACUAUCUGAAGCUGCUGGGUAAAGGCACGUUCGGGAAGGUGAUUCUGGUGCGAGAGAAAGCCAGCGGCACGUAUUAUGCAAUGAAGAUCCUGAAAAAGGAGGUUAUUAUUGCCAAGGAUGAAGUUGCUCACACGCUCACAGAGAGCAGAGUUUUGAAGAACACUAGGCAUCCAUUUCUAACUUCACUGAAGUAUUCCUUUCAGACGAAGGAUCGAUUAUGUUUUGUUAUGGAGUAUGUGAACGGAGGAGAGUUGUUUUUUCAUUUGUCAAGAGAACGAGUGUUUUCGGAGGACAGAACCCGAUUCUACGGCGCUGAGAUCGUUUCUGCGUUAGAUUAUUUACACUCAGCGAAGAUUGUUUACCGAGACCUGAAGCUGGAAAACCUGAUGUUGGAUAAAGACGGUCACAUAAAGAUCACUGAUUUUGGCCUGUGUAAGGAGGGCAUCACGGACGCCGCCACCAUGAAGACGUUCUGCGGGACCCCGGAGUAUUUAGCCCCUGAGGUAUUGGAGGACAAUGAUUACGGCAGAGCGGUGGACUGGUGGGGUCUGGGGGUCGUCAUGUAUGAGAUGAUGUGUGGACGACUGCCCUUUUAUAAUCAGGAUCACGAGAAGCUGUUUGAACUGAUUCUGAUGGAGGAGAUCAAGUUUCCCAGAACCCUCUCUGCUGACGCGAAGUCUUUACUGUCUGGAUUACUCAUCAAAGACCCCAAUAAGAGGCUCGGAGGAGGCCCGGAUGAUGCUAAAGAAAUCAUGAGACACAGUUUCUUCACAGCGCUGGACUGGCAGGACGUCUAUGACAAAAAGCUGGUGCCGCCAUUCAUGCCGCAGGUCUCUUCAGAAACAGACACCAGAUAUUUCGACGAGGAGUUCACGGCGCAAACCAUCACCAUCACUCCUCCAGAGAAAUAUGAUGAGGAUGGGAUGGACGCGGCCGAUAGCGAACGGAGACCACAUUUCCCGCAAUUCUCGUAUUCGGCCAGCGGGCGGGAGUGAUGUCAUCAAAAAGCGCCCUGCGUAGCCACUCUAGAAAGAGCCCCCUCUCUCUAUCUCUCUCCGAUCAUUACCGAUAGUCAUAGCGAGUCAUUUUCGUUGCUUUCUGUUCGUUUUCAUUUUGGUUUUCACGUGGGACUUUAAAGGGGUUUUGCACAGUUGGGUGAGACUUAAACUAGUCAACCCACAUUAAAAAAAGUCUUGUACACUUUCAGCUUGUUGUUUACAGAUCAUGGACAGUGUUUUCAGGGGGGGGGGGUAUGAUCAGUAUUGUUGAAGACCCGGAGCAUUUUUGUUUUGUUUUUAUUUUGCACUUGUUUAAAAGAGCCGUUGUGGGGAACAAACCAAAAAUGUUGCCUUAUGUGUGUGGAUCUCAUCAGACAGACGGACGGACGGACGGACAGACAGACAGACGUGUAGUUUGGGUUUUUAGACGCAGCAGUAGAUCUGUUCCUGUGAGGCUCACCCGGUUUCAUUUUGUUCCCGAUUUUUAACACACAGGCACACACACACACACACACAGAUCCUCCGUCUGAGAGUCUCAGUCCUUGCUUAUGCUUUCGGUAUAAAAAAUGAACACUAAGGAAGCAGGGAAAGUGUGACACUAGUGUUAAUAUUUCUGUUUGUUUUUUAUUCUCGCGCUCUCGAUUAUGAAGGUUUCAGUUCAAACACACAGCCGUACAACAAACUGCCGUUACUGUAAAAGUCUCUCAGGCUAUUCAGAGCACAAGUGUGAAUCUCACGAAACACAGCCGCAUCAUGUUUCACUACAAAUAAAAUCUAGUGUAUUUUGCAUGGAGAAAAGCAUGGUUUUAGAAUCAUUUAAGGAUCAUUUUCAUGACAAUUUUCUGCUAAAUGAUCAUUGCCGUAAUGCAACAAAAUCUCAACGUCAUUACCGCAAUCAAAAUAUAUUGUAUAACAUAGUUUUAGCAUCAUUUAGGGUUGUUUUGCAUUGCAAUAUUAUUUUCAUGAUCAUUUUCUGCUAAAUGUUCAUUGCCGUAAUGCAACACAAUCUUAGUCAUUACCGCAAUAAAAAAUCGGUUGUAUUUUGCAUUAAAAAAGGCAUAGGUUCAGCAUCGUUUAAGGUUGUUUUGCAUUGCAUUGUUAUUUUCAAGGCAAUUUUCAGCUAAAUGUUCAUUGCCGUAAUGCAACAAAAUCUAACUGUCAUUACCGCAAUAAAAUAGCUUGUAUUUUGCAUUAAGAGAAGGCAUGGUUUUAGGAUCAUUUAAGCAUCAUUUUGCAUUGCAAAGUUAUUUUCAUGACAAUUUUCUGCCUAUGGUCAUUGCCGUAAUUCAACAAAAUCUCAUUGUCAUUACCAUAAUAAAGAAAUCCACUAUAUUUUGCAUGACCCAAACCAUAGUUUCAGGCCCAUUUAUGAAUAUUUAUAGCACAGUAUUAUUUUCAUGACAAUUUUCUGCUAAAUGAUCAUUAUUAUAAUGCAACAAAACCUCAUUGUCAUUACCACAAUAUAAAAUAACCACAUUUUGCAUGAAGAAUAGACGUAGUUUUGGGAUAAUUUAGGGUUGAUUUGUAUUGCAACAUUUUUCAUCGUAAAUGAUCUUUACCGUAAUGUAUCAAAAAUCUUUCUCAUUACCGAAUAAAUAAAAAUAUGAUAUUAUUUAAUGAACUAACCAUUACAAUUAUAAACUGUGGUGGAGUGGCACGGUGGCUCAGUGGUAAGCACUGUUGCUUUACAGCGAAAAGGUCGCUGGUUUAAGUUCCGACUUGGCCAUUUGGUUUCUGUGUAGAGUUUUCAUGUGCUGCCUGUGUUGGCGUGGGUUUCCUCCGGGUGCUCCAGUUUAUAGUGCUCACCUGCGCUAUAGAUGGAUUGAAUUUCUUAAAUUGGCCAUAGAGUAUGAGUGUGUGAAUGUGAGAGUAUGUGGGUGUUUCCCAGUACUGGGUUGCAGCUGGAAGGGCAUCCGCUGUAUAAAACAUGCUGAAAUAGUUGGCAGUUCUUUCCAUUGUGGCGACCCCUGAUAAAUAAGGGACUAAGCUGAAGGAAAAUGGUUGAAUGAAUGAAUGUGAACUGGCCAUAUGUUUAUUUCCGUUACGGUAAUGAGAAUUUGCAGGCUCAUAAUUGCCGUAAAAUGACACAACUUUAAAAUAAUAUCGGUCCAAACAAAUCGAUUUGAUUUUGGUUAAUACAUGAACUAAUAAUGAAACAUUGUAAAACUGUGGCCUUAUUUUCAUUUACGUUACGGUAAUGAGAAUUUUAGGCGCAUAAUUGUCUUAAAAUGGCACUACUUAAAUAAUAUUGGUCAAAACAAAUCGAUUUGAUUUAGGUAAAUACACAAACUAAUAAUGAAACAUUAGAAACUGUGGCCAUAAUUUGAUUUACAUUACGGUAAUGAGAAUUUGCAGCCACAUGACUGUCGUAAAAUGCCACUACUUAAAAAUAAUAUCGGUCCAAAGAGAUAGAUUUAAUUUUGGCAAAUACAUGAACUAACAUCGUAAACUGCAGCCAUAAUUUCAUUUCCUUUACGGUAAUGAGAAUUUGCAGGCGCAUAAUUGUCCUAAAACACCACAACUUAAAAAUAAUAUCGGUCCAAACAAAUUGAUUUGAUUUUGGUGAAUACAUGAACUAAUAAUGAAACAUUCUAAGCUGUGGCCAUAAUUUCAUUUACAUUACGGUAAUGAGAAUUUGCAGACUCAUAAUUGCCGUAAAAUGCCACAACUUUACAAUAAUAUCGGUGCAAACUAAGUGAUUUGAUUUUGGUAAAUACAUGAAAUAAUAAUGAAACAUUGUAAGCUGUGGCCAUAAUUUCUUUUCCGUUACCGUAAUGAGAAAUUGCUGUCAUAAUUGUCGUAAAAUGCCACAACUUAAAAAUAAUAUCGGUCCAAACAGAUAGACUUGAUUUUGGUGAAUACAUGAACUAAUUAUGAAACAUUGGAAACUGUGGCCAUAAUUUGAUUUACAUUACGGUAAUGAGAAUUUGCAGACUCAUAAUUGCUGUAUAAUUGCCACUACUUAAAAAUAACAUCGGUCCAAACAAAUAGACUUGAUUUUGGUUAAUACAUGAACUAAUAAUGAAACAUUGUAAACUGCAGCCAUAUUUUCUUUUCCAUUUAUUUUCAUUUCCGUUACGGUAAUGAGAAUUUUAGGUGCAUAAUUGUCUUAAAAUGGCACUACUUAAAUAAUAUCGGUCAAAACAAAUCGAUUUGAUUUAGGUAAAUACAAAACUAAUAAUGAAACAUUGGAAACUGUGGCCAUAAUUUGAUUUACAUUACGGUAAGGAGAAUUUGCAGCCACAUGUCGUAAAAUGCCACUACUUAAAAAUAAUAUCGGUCCAAAGAAAUAGAUUUAAUUUUGGUAAAUACAUGAACUAAUAAUGAAACAUUGUAAACUGCAGCCAUAUUUUCUUUUCCAUUACGGUAAUGAGAAUUUGCAGGCGCAUAAUUGUCCUAAAAUGCCACAACUUUAAAAUAAUAUCGGUCCAAACAAAUAGACUUGAUUUAUUAUUCUUUUUGACAUUGUUUCGUGAGAUUCACCCACACAAAUCAACCCACCGACGGGGUGAAAUCGACUGGGUUUCUCCUCCACUGUCGGCGUUUUUCUCUCAGCAGCACAGAACGAGAGCAGCGCCUCCUCAACAUGUACAUACAGAUGUUAUUACCGCGAUUUUUCCUGAACUCAUCCUGUGCAAAUCUUACGGACGCGCGAUGUCUGCGCUUGAAUCACAGACUCAUUAUAUGUGCAACUGAGCCAUGCAAUACCAGUGUGAAUGACCCUCCGUGUGUGAUGUACAUAUGCAAUGCCUUCUGUUUGCCCGAGACGAGACACAAAAAAAAACAAAACAACAACAACACGUCCCGAAGUGGAAACUGCCGUUUUUUUUCUUCAUAGCGAAUGAAAUGAGUGUGUCUGCGUGAUCGUUGGGUAAAGUUUGCGUUGUUUUUCUUCACGCUGUGACUCAUUCGGUCAGGCUAACGGGAAAAUCCUCAUUAGGUUUUCUAAUGUUGACUGAGUUUUGUUUUCUUUUCAUUAUUAUUAUUUGAGUUGGGUUUCCGCGUAUUUUUGUACUAUAGAUGUAAUUUAGUUGUAUUUAUUUUCGUAUGUUGGGACGAAGGACGCUGUCGGCCGCAUUUUAUGAAGUGCUCUCUCUCCCUCGUUAUUUUUUUAUACCUUUCCUUUAGUCGUUUUUUUGCCUGUUUUUUUUUUUUGUUUUGUUUUCAUACCAAAACAUUAGAGCAAGUGCCCUGUAGAGAGGACUUGCGUCGCCAUUUGGUAGUAUUUAUUUUAAGUUAUAUUAAAAUGUUCAAAUUUCA